UGCGGAUCUGCACCUGCACAGGUGCUGCUCUUCAUCCGAGCUCUGCACCAGCAGGCGGGAACCAUCCGAAGGAGCGGACAGCUACGUCACUUCCGUUAUCCGUGUUAGCUGUUGUGCUGCUAAGCUAACAGUCAGUUUAGUGGCGUUUCUCUUGAAUAUGGUGGAUUUAGUGAAGUUUAAACAUGAGCUCGGGCUCAUCGUGAGUAACCUGGCCAAGGCGGUGAUGAGAGAAGUGAUUACAGCGGCGGAGAGAGACCCGUGGAUACUCCAAGACCCCGGAAGUGAAGAGAAGCUGGGCGGUCUUGUGGACGGUCUGUGUGUUGGAGCGGUGUACAAGAUCCUGAGGGUGUUGGAGCUCCCUCCUCCUCCUCCUCCGGUGCAGCAUGAGGAAAGUCCAGAACCCCUGAGGGCUCCACCUGCAGCUCCUGAGGGUGUGACAGAGCCAGAAGGAGGAGGAGAUGGAGGUGCUGAGGGCCCCUCCAGAGGACAGACCUACAUCCUGGUGUACGGGAGCCCUGCUGCCAGCUCCAAGUGUGUGCUGCUGUCCCUGCAGAGCCAGAAUAAUGCUCAAGGUGAAAAAAUAUCUGAUGCUUCAGGUGAAGCCACCACACUGCUCAGCGAGCACUCCUCCCCCUCGCCUCCCCCGCAGGCCGAUGUCCCUGACCAUGAGUACGCUCAACCGGCCUUUCCACUCCCUGCUGUUGCCUCAGCCGCAGUGAGCGGCGUCCCUGCAGCAGGCGGCGUCCCUGCAGCAGGCGGCGUCCCUGCAGCAGGCGGCAGUAAGCGGCAGCGCAGCAGUCGUAAAAAAGAGAGCAACAAACCUCAGAGCACAGAGAGCUCAGACGCUCUCUCACAGUGUCAGCAGUGUGCGAUGCUCUUUCCAAACGCAGAGCGACUCUCUGACCACCAGAGGAAGUCUCACCCGCUGUGCUCCACAUGUGGGGCGUGUUUCACCGGCAUCCAGAGGCUCCGUGAACAUGAGAUCCACGAACACGGGCUGCUGCCGUACGGCUGUGAAUACUGCCCCAAGAGGUUCAAACACAAACCUCACCUGAAACUGCACGUGAAGGCCCGGCACACCGGAGAGAAGACCUGCACGUGUGACGUCUGUGGGAAAGGCUACUCCUGCAGCAGCAUGCUGAAGACUCACAGGAUGACCCACUUCGAGAAGAAGUUCACCUGUGAUGUCUGUGGGAGGAGCUUUCACCACGCCUGUCACCUGACUCGCCACAAACUGGUGCACCAGGAGGUCCGGCCGCACAAGUGCUCCGUCUGCGGGAAGGGCUUCUCCCAGGCCGCAAACCUGCGUAGCCACCAGAUGAUCCACAGCGGCGAGAGGCAGCUCUGCUCUAUCUGCGGCAAGAGCUACCGCCGCCUGAGGGACCACAUCAUUAGCCAGCACUCCCACGACCCCCCCACCGACGAGCUGGCGGGCAGAGACACCAGCAUCACCUGCGACGUGUGCGGCAAGAAGUUCCCCUACCUGUCCCAGUUCAAGGUUCACCAGAGGGCCCACACCGGGGAGAAACCGUUCCACUGCGACAUCUGUGGGAAGAGUUACCGUCUGAAGGAGCUGCUGAGGGAUCACAGGUACACACACACCGGGGAGAAACCGUACAGGUGCACACACUGCUCCAAGACCUUCAACCUGGCCACCAGCUUCAUGAGGCACCGCAGCAUCCACAGCGGGGAGACGCCUUACAGCUGCUCCGACUGCGGGAAACACUUCCGCCUGCUCACCUACCUGAAGGCUCACCUGCAGACCAAAGCCCACCUGAAGCAGACUCAGCAGAAGCCAGGCGGCCCCUCUUACCUCAGGGUCCCGGUGUCAUGAGGUGUGCUGCUGCAGCUGACGGUCCCUCUGUAUGUGAGACUGGAACAGGUAAAAGUGUCACCUGCUCCACCUGGAGCUGAUGCUGGUGCUCUGGUCGGGCUCUGGGUCAGGGUUUCAGGGCGUCCACAGGGUGCUGGCUCUGGAUGUUUUCGUGUAAGACAUGUCCGGUCCCUCAUUUCUGGUGUCUCUCAGUGUGUUGCAGCGCUGAGACCAGACCAGGACAGACCUGCAGCUCUGUGCCUGACUGAGACCUGAGACUGGUUUGAGGUUUGAACCCUGCUCUCCUGCGGGCCUGUUGGUAGACUCAUUCAAUAAAAGACUUGAAGGAUGGA